CACUGACCGCGGCUCCAUGGGAAACAGCUGCUGCUCUGACGGGCCACAGCGAGCCGCUCUCCAUGCGUUAGAGAAGCCCGGGAGAAUUCACCUCCAGAAAAUUGGGACAUGUCAGAAAGUUCUUCAGGUGUGAACACGCUCACUGGCAGUUUUCCCAAAUCCCACUCCUCCCAGUGCUCUGACCUCCGGGUUACACGAACACCUCUCUCUGUGGACCAGAGUCCCGAUUCUGGACUUGUAGCUACCCCUCUUCCCUCGAGUCGUUUCCGCUUCGUGUCUUGGCAUCGCCUGGAGCAGUGUGAUGUAACGGGCGACCAGCUGACCUGCCCCAGGGUCAGAGAAGGGCCAUCAGAUGAGGAGCUGUUCCAAAGAGAGGGGGAUGACCUCUGUUUAGAGAGAGGAAGGAGGAGGGAGGAGGAAGGACAACGAUGGGAGGAUAGACUGCAAGAGAACUGGGAGAACUGUCUGGAGUUAAAUCUGUCCUACCAGGGCUUGGGUGACCCGUUCCAAAAAGAGAAUUUCCUCCGGAUCCUCCGCCGGUUGAUCCGUGUGGAGAAACUACAACUUGUUGACAACUCCCUCACCAACCUGAGUUCUGUACGUCUGCCAAGGUGCAGAAUGCUCAACCUGCAGCGUAACCACCUGCUGUGUCUGCGUCAGCUGCCAAAGCUCCCCGCCGUGGAGCACCUCUCUCUGUCUGAGAACGCCAUCGGCUCCCUGGGGGGUCUGGGGGCUCUGGGGAUCGGCCCGCUGCGCUCCCUCAACCUGAGCCGCAACCCCGUGACCUUCACUCAGGACUACCGUGCACGUGUUUUCCUGUGUUUGCCAAAGCUUGAGAUCCUCGAUGGGAUCCCAAAGCUGCCAGAAGACUCUCUGCCCACCAGACUACAGUUCCCAGAAACCACCAGGAUGUGCAACAUUUUAUGA